AUGACUGCGCUAUCUAAAGGAAUUGACUUCAUACUCGAACAUGUUUCUGACAAUGAGUUGAGAGAGUAUUUGAGUAACUGUGACAUCAAAAGUAAGUUUUUUAUAAAUAAUAUAUUUUACUCACUCUAUUUUAAACUUCUAUAAGCUAUAAAAAUCAUCGUUCCAGCUCAAUUACACCAACUAAAUAGUACCAGACAGUUCAAGACAUCUACUGUGAUAUUAAGUGUUGCCAAGUACUUAUAUGACAAAGAAAAGGAAGACGAAGCGCUGAAAGUGAUUAAUCUGAUUGAUAUAUUGAAGGUAUCACAAAACAAACUACAUCAAACGAUCAAAGACCUUCUUUUACUGGACUUAAAACGGCACCAAGAGUAUUUACUGUACAGUAAUGGUAUGUUGUGAUCAAAAGUAUAAAGUUUUGAAGUUAGAAACAUAAAGUUGCUAUAGUUUUUAAUGCAAUAGAGUUUUAAAACAUUAGGUUGUUCAAUUAAUUAUGUGCUCACUGACCUCUUAAAUUUGUUUUAAAAAAGAGCUCAGAGUUAUUUAAACAAUCUAAUAAAAAUCUUCAAAGUAUGUGCUUUUUAUUGCACAGUAAAAAGUCGUAUUUUUAUAGUAAAAAACAUAUUGUAGACCCAUGGAACUGCGCUUUGAUCACCGCCUUUAAUGGUUCGUCACUGGCCUUGGAUUAUAUAUUGGAAUGGAAAAAGGUAUGUUCUCAACAUCAUUAACAAUACUAAAUUACACUCUCUACUCUAUUAUUACAGCAUUUAUAAGAUGCUAACGUUAUAGACAUCUAUAGCCAUUAUAUUGAAGAUAUAACUAUGGUAUUAAAUUAUUAUUGAACAUAGCUAUAGUGGUUAUAUUAAAUUAAGAUUACAGUUGUGGCCGAAUGAUUCAAAAUCAAUUUUAUUACUUCUGUACUUGAAGCAAUUCGAUGAAAUAAAAGUGGAAAUGCAAAGCCAAAUGACAGAAGAAGGGUUGAGAGAUAUAUGCACGUGCUACCUCAGAAUGGUAUGUAUUUAAAUUUCUGUUUAUUUUUUUGUCCUUUGGCUAACAUAUAAGUUAAUUAAUGUUUUAAAACUUGCAUCCCUUGCCAAUAAAACAACAUUUAAAUUUUCUUUUAAAAAUGUUGUUUUAAAGUUUAAGUAUUUAUUUGCAAGUAUUUAAAAGUAAUAAUAUUUUAAAAUUAUGCAAAUUUAUGUAAAAACAAAAAGUUUGCGCCAACCGGGAUUCGAACUCGGGGUUCUGCCUUGGGAGGGCAGCGUCCUAACCACUGGACUACUGGCACGUUGAAACAAGUAAAACUCGGCAAAAAUAAAUGCCAGAGGGUACCCGGGUUCUCAUGGAUAUGGGAACGGCAAAAAGAUUCAAAAAGUCAACAAAUUUUGAUAAAAAACGCGCAAAAUAAACAAAAAAUAAUCAAAAUCACCUUUUUUGAAAAAAAAAUUUUAAGUUUAAAGUAAUCAUCAUUGUUAGUACUGUGAAUUAUACAAAACCCAAAAACUGUGAACUUUUCCAAACUUUAAAAAAAACCAUGUUAGUUCCCGUAUUUUAUCUUUCAUUGAUUAAUUGGCAAUUUUUCUAUGAUAUUAAAUUUUAUGUCAUAUUUGUAGCAAUGGCCUCACUUGGCAUUACCAUAUGUGACAAAGCUGCACUUGUUGAACAACGAAGUGGAGACAAAGUUUAUGAGUUUCAUCGACAGAUGUAGAUGUCUAAUAUUUAUGAACAACACAGAAGAAGCUUUGAGUUUGCUGAAUGAAGGUCAACAUGUUCUGGAAUUGAGUGAAGAAAAUGUAAGUCGAGAUAGAGGUUUGAUUUAAAAAAUAAUGAUUAAUUUGGUAGAUCUAGUAUAUUUUAUUAUAUGAUAGUAAGUUAAAAAAUGGAAAUAUAAUGCUACUAUUUUAAAUUUAAAGUGACCUUCAACUAUCACACAACGAAUUUGACUUUUAGCAAAUCUGGCUGAAUCUAACCUACAGUUUAGUCUACCUUACAAGUCACCAGUUUACGAGGUUUUACCAUGAAAUCUCAAAAGUGACAUCUCACACCCAUUUUGAUGAUAUAUCGGAUGAUAUGAACGUAUCACUUCUAGAAAUGUUGUUAUACUACUUCUUGCAUACUGGAAGACCAGAAAGAGCAAUAGUUUCAGCACAAACAUUGUUAAAAGUGUUAUUGUCAAGUAAUGAUGACAAAUACAAUAUUAACGUUGUGAAUUGCUAUGCUAUAUUGGGCAACAUAUUUAUGGCCUUACAUAAUGUUAAAAUGGCUGAAGUUUGUUUUAUGGAACGAUUGGAAAAGGCUAGUGCAGUGGCAGUACCUCAAUUGAUGGUUAGAGCUUUGAGUGACAUGGUACUGUACUAUCGUACAGUUAAGAAUACUGUAAGUUACCUUUAGAUUUAAACUAAAAAAUAAAUUUUUAAAUUUUUAAAAAUUUACAGUAUACUGUACCUUUUUAAACUUUAGGAGCUCCGGUACCAUUACCUAAAAGAAGAGCUCCAAAUACUAUCAAAGUAUGACGGUUCAGAAUCAAUAAACUUUGAGUGGACAGUACGCUUUGACUACGGUAUCUACCUGCUAGACGAAUUACAGUAUGAAGAAGCUGAAGAAGAACUAGAGAAAGCUCUGUUAUCAGUUCAAGAACUCCAUUUAUCAGUCGAAGAAGCCAAAAUCACUGAAAUGUUAGCAGAAGUGGCACAAAAACUAAAUGAAGAAGAAAAGACAUACUGUAGAUACAAAGCCUCAUUAAACAUCUGGAAAACACUACCGUAUACCAACAAAAUAGAAAAUCUUACAGUAAGACUGAUACAGUGUAUGGAGCUUCAAAAUAAGAAUAAAGAAGGCAGAGAAGUGGCUAAGACGUUGUUGACCACGACCAAAAGCUACAAAAUAAAAGUGCCUGUGGCUAUUUGUUUGGCCAAAAUAUUGAUGAAAGACAAAUUAUACGAUGAAACGUUUAUUGUGUUAGAAAGGGCCAAGAAAGAGGCUAAAGUCAAUGGAAUGGCCAAGCAAUUAGGCCAGGUCUACGGUCUUCUAGGAGAGUUCUAUCAAGCGAUUGGCAAUCAAAAAAUGGUAAAUUUUUUAAAAUUAUUAGUGUUUGAAACAAAUGCCAAAUUGGCUAAAUUAGCGGGAAAUUCAAAUAUUUUUAUUUUAAAAUUUAAAAGUUUGAGCUGAAACUUUUUACGUGCACUAUUAGUAGUAAAAAGAAUUUAUAUAAUAACUUUGAGUUGAUUUUGAGUGGAACAGGCCAGGUACUUUCCUUGUAAUUCGCACCUAAAAUAAUAUUGAUGUACUUUCAGGCGACAAGAAACUUUUGCAAACAAAUAGACUAUUUCGACUUUGUCAAUGACCCACAAGACCAAACCGACACUUUUCGACACAUUAUUAUGUACAAACUUCUCAAAAGCGACAUCAAUGCAGCUUUGAAGGUGAUCAAAAUGAGAAUAGCAGCUGCUGAAAAAGGAACUAUGUUGUUACAGGUGAGUUGUUAUCCAAUUUUUAAAAAAAUUUCGAGAUUUGUACUUUAUGAACAGAACAAUUAUUGUUAUAUACUUUUAAGUUAUUUUUUAUCUAAAAAUAUGCAAAUUAUGGCAAAACAAAAAGUUUGCGCCAACCGGGAUUCGAACUCGGGCCUCUGCCUUGGGAGGGCAGCGUCCUAACCACUGAACUACUGGCACAUUGAAACAAAUAAAACCCGACAAAAAUAAGUGCCAAAGGGUACCCGCGUUCCCGCGGAUAUAGGAAUGGCAAAAAAGAUCAAAAAGGAUUGAAAAUUUGUGAACAAAUCGCGAAAUUCAAGCCUUUUUCGAGCAAAAACCAGCCCAAAACAUUUUUUAUUGGCAAAAGUAAAAAAUAAAGCAUAAAGUUUAUAGAUCAACGUUUUAAAUGAGUCAAUCAAAACACUGAGCGAUCUCAAUCUCACCAAAGAAGGUAUUAAGUUAUUGGACAAGAAAGCCGAACUUAUUUUAAGUUCUGACCAUUUAUCAAACAAAGACGAAGUAUUAACUAUUGUAUCUCAAUACAAAUCUAUAAACCUCUACUACAAAGCUCAAAUAACAUUGGCAACGUUUUUAAAAAGGAAUCUGGAUUACUGUGACAAAAGGCAUUUCCUUGAAUUGGCGUCUUUACUACAACAUUAUGACAUUCAGUUGUGUGUUGAUCUACUAGAAAGUGUGAUUGAAACAGAUCAUUUUCAUGUAGAUCUGGUAGCUCCAUUGUGUUAUAGAUACUUGGAAAUGGGUGCUACUGAUAAGGUGGUCGAGCUGUUUAACAGUUUGACAGCUCGGGAAGUUCAGUUAAACUUUUUCAGUGUUCUAACAGUGAGUAAGGUACAAGAGAAUAUUAAGGAUGAGCAGUGUGUGGAGAUGGCUAUGCAGUUGAAUGGUAAGGUUUUAUAAGGGUAUGAAAUAGGGUUUUACCGCGAAAUGUUUAAAAUAUUGUAUGAAUAAUCCUUUGAUCUUAUCAGAAUCCUUCGAUAAGUACAUUAACUUCACAUUAACAAUUUGUGUUAUAUAUACUUGGUUUCAUUUUAGAAACUGACCAAUGUCAAUUCAUGGAUAUGUUUAAUUUAUACAGCUACAUUACUGACCAAAACUACGACUCAUUUUAUCUACCAGCUAAAGUACACUACUUACUGUAUAUUCAAGACUUUGACCGUGUGAAGCCACUACUACAAGAUGUAAUGUCAAAAGAACACAUCUUAUAUCUGACUUUACAAAAUCAACAUCAAAUACAUCACAAGACCCAGGACAAUGCUUCAAAAACAAGUUUUGAUAGCUACAUUGACUAUGUUAGCUAUAACAACAACGACUUUGACUUUGUGACAUUUGUAUUGAUGCUUGUCUACAGUGAUGACAAAUGGAGAUCAAUUUACAUUUGUGAAUACAGAAAGCGACUGAAAGUGAAAUUGGAGUUAGAUAAAAUAGGAAAAGGCGCUACCUCUGAUACUUCAAAUACAGUAAACAUGUGUAGUACUAAAACUACAGUAAAUACUUUGCAGUUUCAAGAAGGUACUACAGUCGAUAAGCCUGAAUUUGAGUUUGGCGCAAUCAAAAAUAAUUUAAAACACGAUGAAACACGCUUGGCAGUCCAAUUACAAGAAGACGAUGAUUUUCUGUACAUCUUUAAGUACAACAACUUCAAGUUAUUAUGGCAAGGCGGAAAAGAAAAACUUAUUGUAACCACAGUAUCUACACUGAAUACUGCGAAAACAACUGAUACUAUCCAAUCUAAUGACCUAGUUUCUUCUUGUACGAGAUCAGAAUUGGCAGAAUGUUUUUGGGAGUAUAUGGUACUAAAUUUGAUAAAACAGUACCAUAUUGACAUGUGUACGAGAGAUGAAUUUGAAGAAAAAUUACAAAAGGCUACAGUACUUUAUGGUGACAGUUUGGAUCAUAAAAUUAAUGGUAUCAAACACUAUUUUGUACCUACUUUAAAUGAUGAAAAGGAUACUAGUAUUCCAGUACAAGGUACUAACGAAGUCUCAGUACUAAAAGAAGCUUUAAAUUCAGUACUACUUGAUAUUUCUUCCACUUCAUUCAGUCAUACUCACGAAGCAUCCGUUCUAAUGGUAGGCAAGAUGUUUGAAGACUACAAACGCACCCCUGGCUUCAUACACCUCUUAACUCAAGAAGAUGUCUUUCAAACAGUAGAUCAAGUGUCUUUUAUCAACAAGGCUACAGUCUUAUUAGUAGAUCCGGUAGAGUUAAAUCCAUUAUUUUUGCUACAAACUGAAGCCAACCCCAAAAUAUUGGUUUUGGUUGGAAGUACAUGGUCUCAUCUACCGUUAUGGCCUGCUAUCGUAUCCUCAGUUAAAGUGCUGGUAAUUUACAAGAGUUUUGACGAGUUUGAACAUGAAGCAGGCAAAUAUUUAAUAGAAAAAGUUAAUGAAGUUAAUGAUGAUGACAUUGAUAUUGUGGAUGAAAUAAAAAAUCAAUUUAAAAAUGGCAUUUUGUGUGUAAAUAACGACGUUGCCUUUGAUAUACAAUGUAAAUCUGUCAAACUUCGGUGCUCGCUACAGAAGGUAAGCUCAAAGGUUUGUAUUUUAAACUUAAAAAUAUAAAUAUGUAUUUUAAAAAUUAUUCUUUAGGCUAUAAAUGAUGAAAAUGUAGAAAAUUGGUUAGUUGGUCACAAAGAAAUACGUGAUGUUAUUGUUGAUCAAGGUAGAUCAUUUCUUCAUUAUUAUACCAAUUUAAAAACAUUAGGUUGUUCAAAAGAUUCCGUGCCCCAUGUGUCCAAAAAGUUGCUUUGAAGGAGAGGGGGCACAGAAUUAUUUAAACAACCUAAUAAAUUAAUAUUUUAAAAACUAUUGCGAUUUCAAAGUACAAAGUUAUGUGUUUCAGUAACCGAGUACUUAAAACAAGAUUCAGAUUUAAUUGUUGACUCUAUUCUAAACUCUGCUGAACCUCAUCGUUCAAAUCUACAACAUCUUUUCCAUGGUAAGUAAACAUUUUUUAUUACCAUAAAAUAUUAAAAAAAUAAGUGGCAUCUCAAAAAUACUGUGUUGUACUCUCAAAUAGCAUAUCCCAUAACCCUGUAAAACUAAUCCAGACUACUGUAUCACUCAUCCAACAUUCCAAUCCGACCUAAAUCCCCGAAGACAACAUAGAUAUCGUAGCAAAAGACGUAAGAACCGUCGAAGGUCACGAAUGUCUUCAAGAUGUUCAUCACGUAGUUCUAUGGCCAGCGACAUCAAUUUCUUAUCAGAAGCUGACAUUUCUGAUACAGAAUCUGUCUCUCAUGCUCGGCUUGUAGGUAUUGGCAUGGAAUAA